UCCAAAUGUGUUGUAUAGCACUAUGUGAAGCAACCUUGAGCUAUGGAAAUAUAUAAAUAUAUAUAAAAAAACUAUAUAAAUAAAACUUCUUCUUCUUCACAUCUUCAAAACAUUAAAUUCUUUAAACUGUAAACAUAGAAACAUAAGUAAUGAAGUAUUACAUAUUAAUCACCAAAUCCUUUAAUUCAAAAGACAAAAGUAAUUUAUUUGGUUCAAUCUUUAUAUAUUUACAAAAACUAACACUUCAGCCUUUUAUUUAAACAACAGUCUGUUGUAUGUCAAGUGUGCAGGGCCACAAUGUUCAUUUCCUCAAAGGAAACCACAUGAUUUCCACCAGUAAAGUGCAUUUACAUAUAGCAGGACAUAUCAAUGAAAAGUAUAGGCACUACAAACUGCUGUUUUUACUAUCUGAUUAUCUUUACAUGAUUAUACCAUCAUAGAAAUGAUGUGUGGAAUAAAAGACAGUUAUGGAAAAUGGAAGAGGGGUGUAACAAACGGCUGGGCAAAUGAGUGAUAAGAAGAGAUAUUGGAGAAGUGAGACACUAUUAAAGGGAUUGUUAGAGACACAGAGGACCAAACUACCACCACCAUCCAUCCUGUGAGCGAAGAGAGAGUCUGAGUGAAGAUGUGGAGGUUACUGUGUGUGACCUUGUCUCUGCUCAUAUGUGUCAAAGGAGAUUCACCUAUGUCAGCAAUUUGUGGACGUCCCCCUUUAAAUCCUCGUAUUGUGAGUGGUGUGAAUGCACCUGAAGGGUCGUGGCCAUGGGUGGUCAGUCUUAACGAUGACAAUGGGAAUCAUUUUUGCGGCGGCUCCCUCAUCAACAAUGACUGGGUGCUGACAGCGGCUCACUGUGUCGAAGGGUUAGACAUUACACACAAAUACACACAGAUUUUAAUUACUGUUUUGCUUGGUGAUAUGUUCUUCCCUUGUAAAAAAUGUGCUUAGUUGCAUUGCACUUGUUGAACUUCAAAUCUUAAAGAUAUAUUUUUAAAAGAUGAUACAAUAUU